AUGUCCCGCCCACUGCGAUCGAUUCUUAUCCUUGGGCCAUCGACAUCAUUUCCUAAUCCUCCCACCACAACGUCUCUCCUCUCCUCGUCCACCACGGCCUCUCCGCCAUCUAAGCGCGCCUCGCGGCCCCCUCGGUCGUUUUCCUCUUCGAAAACGUCUCCUUUCGCCUCACAAACGGACCCUUCACUAUCCUCGCCCCCGGUUAAAGAAGCAUCCCCUUAUCCCCCGCGAGGCCUCCGCGUCCGGUGCCAUUCCUUCGAGGCACAUCCCCCCACAUCCUCCGAUCAGGUCACCGCAACGAGCUCCUCCCAAGCCAGAUUUUCAUAUCGGCGAAAGAGUUCCUGGAUACCUCCCACGAUCUUGCGCCCGCCGUCAGUGCGACUCGCAAACCCUGUCAAUUACGUUCCCCGCAACACUCCGGUCACCGUACCCCAUCUGUCGCAGCUCUCCGACGAGAACCUCCCACUCGACGCACACCGAGACGCCUACCCUUUGCUGACUAUCCCCGAACGGCGUCGCAGUCGACCGAUCCCAUCCCCGAACAGUCUGGUGGUGGAGCGCAGCCAAGGGGAAACGGAGAGUGGACGCUCCAGCAUCGCAGUGCCUCACGGCCAGAGGCGCAGUGGCGCGUUUGACGACCAGCUGGUGUUACGAGAAAUGUCCGAGUCGGGAGUAUCAAAUGGUGCCCCGGAGGUAAAGAACCCUCGCGCUCCGGAACGGGCGCAUCUGGGCCUCGAUUUCGCGGUAGACGGACCUGGGCCGCUUCACGACGACCGGCCCCGCCACAUCCAGUCGCAAUCCUCGCUGCGAUCACAGUCACACAUUGCAUCUGUACCAUCCAUUACCGGCGCUCAGAAUGGCGGCGAGGCUGAUGUGGCGGAGGAGUUAGCCUGGGGCCCUGCGCAUCCGUGUUAUCCUCACAUCAACCCACAUGUUCCGAUUGGGUCUGAGGAGUACAUGACCACCCGCAUCAUACGAAUCCGGCGUGAUUGGAUGAUCAAGGGAGACCUAGCUCCCACAUUCUCCAACCUGUACCCCGAGAUUCUGGACCCGCUAUUACCCGAACAAGAGUUUCGAAAGGUGAUCGCCACAGUGAAUGAUGAGCUCGUUAAGGCGUUCGAUCCGUUCAGCCUUCGCAACUUCAUCGACAGUGCGCUGAGCCUUCUGACGGGAUGGAUUUGGGAAGACAUAGGCGCGCCAGGAAUCAAGAGCCAUCUCAAACGGGUGGAAGCGUGGCUGGAGAGGUGGAACAGAGAGGUCGGGGCCAAGGACGGAGUACAUAUCUGGAGUCUCCGCAGGACGGCGUACAUGUCGCUGGACAUCCAGAUCCCGGAUCCUAAGGUUGGCAUCAUCCGCAGUGAGGGAGUUCCAUCGCUUCCAGGGACCCGGCCGAGCAGCGGCGUUUGA